GGGCCUGGAAAGGAACACCAUCCACGUAAUUCUCCAUUAGUGCGAGACAAUCCUUAUCCCGGGCAUGGGUACUAAGUAACCAGUGCCCAAACAGACCCAUAUGAAAUUCCAGGAAACCGAGCGUUCAAAACAUUGAUUUUCCCAGAAAAUAUUUUUGCGGAGAGAAAAAGCUCAAAUUCUCUCAUCCGAGAGAGAAAAAGAGACGAGGAGAGGGGAUGGGGAGAGGAGCUAAAGCAAUAACUUCAAUUCUCCUCAUUGAGUUUCUACUGCUGUACAACACAGUAUCUCAGCAGGGCUUGGAAGAAUCUGCUGCGGCGAGGACACUUAAGCAGGAACCACAUCAUACUAAUGAGGUACAUUGUUCCAGAGAAAGAAGUAAGGCAGCCUGGAAGAUCAUAGAGGAUUAUUUGAUGCCAUUUUUGGAAGAAGAAGGGUUUCAGAUUUCGACUAAGUGUAGGCUUCAUCCAGACAAUGAUCUUUUCAGGGAUCAGGAGCAGCACAAGAUUUGUUUGGAUGUAAAUGAGUGGCGGUGUGGAUAUUGUAAGAAAAGCUUUCGUGCUGAAAACUUUCUUGAUCAGCAUUUUGACAACAGACACUACAAUCUUCUAAGUGUUAAUCAAAGCAAGUGCUUGGCUGAUUUAUGUGGAGCAUUGCAUUGUGAUUUUGUGAUGAAUUCCAAGUCGCUUAAGGCAAAGUGCAACCCUGCUGCUGUUGCAAGGAAUCGCCAUCUUUGUGAGAGUCUUGCCGAUAGCUGUUUUCCUAUUACCCAGGGUCCAUCAGCCAGCCGCCUUCAUGAAUUGUUUCUGCACCAAUUUUGUGAUGCUCAUACUUGCUCUAGAAAAAACAAACCCUUCCCUAAAGGAGGCAAGAAGCAAACCAGUAUACUCUACAUGGCUACGUCAAUACUGAUUUUGAUGUUGCUUCCUAUUUUCUAUCUUCUUUAUUAUUUGUAUCAAAGAGAAAUGAAUAGGGGAACCCAAGUGCUAAGGCGAGUGUCACAAGUUGGACGGAAAACAAAACCGUCAUAGUUGUUCACUUUUCAGUCAGCGAUAGUGUGGUGUAUACGGAAACAGCAUAAGUUUUUCAGGGUUUGAUUGUGCAUAUCCUGUUUUUGACAGUUAUUUCAUUGGAGAUAUAAGUUUGCUUCAAAAGAUACCCUGUAAAUUAUAAAUAGUGGUUAAAAACAAUUGGAGGCUGUUAGUCCUUUAUUAUCCAAGAAAAGAAGAAAAGACCUGUUGUUGUAGUCGUAGUUGUAGUUUAUAGCUUAUCAUACUUCUAUUUUAGUAUUCCUUCAUUAUUUUUUCUUCUGGGUAACAAAUUCUCACCAUAUUUUUACUGAAGUCAUGAAAAAAUAGACGCUCAAGGGUCAUCCUGGUUUAUCUUUUCCUUAAAAGUUGGUUGGAUUAUGCUUGACAGAUAGUUGGGUUUGUAACCAUUUUUAAACCUUAUCUUCUUUGUCCCCUUUUUUUU